CAAUGGAGGCUGGCCCAAGCUGUUGCAGCUGAAACUUUUACAAGCUCACUGCUCGUGAGCAGGAAGAGAGAGACACGGAGAAAUAUUUGUAAAGGGAAUUUGCAUGCGCAGCUCCUCUAUUCUCCAGUUCUUGUCUGCGCUCGUUGCUGAAAUAUUGGCAAGCUUAUUUCUUUGUUGAUCAUUGUUAGUGUUUAUUAAAAGGGGAAUUCAUAUAAGGAAACAACUAUAUUUUUUGGGAGGAGUUUGCAUGAAGGUUGAAAUGCAAGGUACAUUUGAAGGACAGAAAUAAAUGAGAAAAUAACAAAAGAAUAGAUGACGUCACAGAGAGAGCUGCCCGGGAUUAUGCCUGAGAAAAGAUGAUGAUGACAGUUUUUGACUGCAGCACUUGUCUAUGUGACAUACGUGUCUAUGUCUCUCUCUCUCUCUCUCUCUCUCUCUCUCUCUCUCUCUCUCUCUCUCUCUCUGGUGGACAGACGGAGGCGGAAGGGGGUGAAAUACACUUUGGCACAGUGACUCUGGAUUAUUUUGGUGACUUUAACUUAUUUUGGCACAGAGUCCUGCGGAACUCUGUCAUUCGGGUUUAUCUUACUACUACCGUCUGUUUCCAGAAGUUGACCCUUUCCUCACCCACCCUCUGUUUGCUGUUGCUGGGGUAUCAUUCCUGCAAACCACAUUUAAUGUACACAUACAGAAACGCCCAUCUGUUACGUUGACAAAAAAGGACACUUUUUUUUUUAACUCACAGGUUGUUUUCUUUCUUUUCUUUUCUUUUCUUUCAUCUCAUUGCGACCGGGCAAUUUUACCAUCUUAUCUGAAAGCGUGAAAGGGGUUCAAAUCAAAACAAAAACACAGGCAGGUGCAGAACAGCUAAAGACGUCUGUAAUGCCUACUGAAAAUGGGAACCGUGAGGCAUGUACUACCUGGGACUGAUGCCAACUGCUGACAAAAGGCUUCACUGCACGCUCUGAGAGAAGUCUUUAACUCGUUCUUUCUUCCCCCCCAAAUGCAUCAGAAAUCUACGGGAUUGAGUUGUUUUGAUGUCAUAAGUCUGGCAACACUUUUUUGCCAUAGGUACAACAGCCGAUCUGGGCCAAAGUGGGCAGGGAGAGAGGAGGGCACGGCCGAGACUGCUCUCAAGCCCCAGCCCUUGUUCGAGUGGGGUUGCUCGCCAGCACGCUGCUCAGCCUUUCCCUCAUCUUGCAGACGAAAGAGAGGGACGUGGAAAUGCGCUCUCCUCUCUUUUCUUCCCCGCCCUUUUUUUCACCACCACCAUGGCCUGUUCACUUCGGGUCAUCUCUGCGGAGAUCCCUGCUCUGUCCUUUACAAAAUCUACUUCCAGGUACAGCAUCAUCGUGACCCAGAACAGGGCAUGGGUGGCAGUGUUCCUGUGCUGGCUCCUCUCUGCCCUGACCGGGCUGGUGCCAAUGUUGGGCUGGCACAACGAGCACACACAUGGUAACCUCAGCACCACCAGUGAUGACAUAAUAGUUUGCACAUUUACCACGGUCAUGCGCAUGGACUACAUGGUCUACUUCAACUUCUUCGGCUGGGUGGUGGUUCCUCUGACCAUCAUGAUCGCGCUGUACGCUGAGAUCUUCAGGGUGAUCCGGAAGCAGCUCAACAUGCGUGCAGAGGCCACCUGCGACACCAGCAAGUACUUGCACAAGGAGCUAAAAUUAGCCAAGUCCCUGGCGCUCGUCGUCUUGCUAUUCGCUCUAUGCUGGUUGCCCCUACAUGUCAUGAACUGCAUCCUUUUCUUCUGCCCGGAGUGUGGGAUGCCCAAGAGCGCCAUGUACGUGGGCAUCUUUAUGUCCCAUGUCAACUCUGCCCUCAAUCCGCUGGUCUAUGCCUUCCGGAUACAGCGGUUCCGCGCCACGCUAGUCCAGAUCGCCCGCCGCUGCAUGCUGUGUAAACACAAGGAGACCAGCCCCUGCCCCAACCAGCCCAGCCCGCCACCCUUGUCUGAUAAAUCUCCAGUCCACCCUUAGCCAUGACCUUCAUUGUUUCUAUGCUUUUCCUGCGGAAUAGUUGUGUUAAAGAAGUAGCCAUAGUGCAAUGAGGAGGAAACUUGUGUUACGCAACCGUGUGAGAGACAUCUGGGAUGCAGGAAACAGUACGUGGACGCCCCCAAUUACUGGAAUGAACUCCAACAAAGAGCGCUUCACUGAAUUAUGGAAACGAAAUGAAUUUACAAUUGAUAUAGGCCCCACCUGGGAAAGACAAUCCAGGCAAAAGGAAGACUUUAAAUAAGAAUUAGCCCAGUCCAUAUCUGUAAUUUCACUCACUGAUGCCAGCUGCAAUGCAUAUUGAAUAAUUUGCUGUAUAUCGAGAUCCUUGUCAAAUUGGCCUGUAACACACUCAUCCUCUUUCAACUUUAGUGCCAAGCUAGUGGCAUGUGUAUGGGUGGGGUGCUGUUACCUUGCCAACUGUUUUGGCAAAUGGCGUUGUAACAAAAAUAACAAUUUACAAGAGUUGGUUCAGUAUUACUGUAAAAUCCCAUGCUUUCCCAGGAAGAUCACUCAAUAUGCCUAUAUCCGUUUUACAGUCAAGCUAUUGUCCAUCACGGUCCACAAAGGAAAUGUAAAUCAAGAUAAUUCUCUGUAAACCAAGCUCCACAGAUUAUUCUAAAGAAGAAUGCUGUUUUCAGGUGAACAGGUUCAACAAUGCUUUGUUUGAGAAGAAUGAUCUGUAGUAUUUUCUCCUGAGCUUGGUUGUGCCAUAAUUUUUAUAACACUGACAGGGUGUUGGAAAAGGCUCCGGGCAUCUGAGUGAGCCCGAUUUAAAUCUAGAGUGAAUUAAUUACAUGCAGUACAUUAUGGCUGUGUGAUUUAUACAACCUUUAUGCAAGCCUUUGUCAGUUCUGCUUCCUCAUCAACUUGACCCUCACAAGGCACUUCCGUAUAACUGAUACACAUAGGGGUAGGUGGUUGGAAAGAGAGUCUGGGGAUAUUGCAUUUGCAUUCAAAGUUAAUAAAUAAUCACAUCCUACUAAUUACACAAUAGCUAAAUUGCUUGACAAUCUGCAUCAUCAGCAUUGUUUUAUAUGGCUAUCGGAGUACGAGAUUUUUUGAGAUUCUGAUAUUACCUCCAAAUGUUUCCUAAAUGUAGAGAUACUGAAAGCAUGCACUGUCCUUGUUUAUGAUGUACUUCGACAUCAUCUUUAUCACAAAGUACAAAUACAUCUCUGACUGAGGAGCACGCGAAAUGUGGGUAUCCCACCACUUGGCAAAGCACGCCGCAGAAACCAAUCAAUCCUGAGCCCAAAGGGGGUUAACACCUGACCCCAGAGAGUGAAGCGGUGGACUCAAAUAAAGAGAGGGCUCAGAUCCUGCAUGGAUCUGUUAGAAAUGGACAGUCCACACAGACAAAUGACUUCAUGACAGGACAUGGGAGAGGUGACACUGAGGCAAGGGCUUGUGCAAUUUGCUCCUGUCACUCAUGUUGUCGGUGAAAGAGGAGACUGACCUGAUUGACAAAAGCCAAUUUUCCAUGUUUAGUUCACACACACACACACACACACACACACACACACACACACACACACACACACACACACACACACACACACACACACACACACACACACACACACACACACACACACACACACACACACACACACACACACAAAAUACAA